UAGAACAACCCAUCAUCAUUUUGAACCCUGUUAUUAUUUAAAUUCGUAAUUAUUUAUAAUUCGAACAUUCCCCUGCUUUGUUGUUGUGGAGACGUUUACAAAAUGGCUGACAAACUUGUUUAUUUUUGAUGAUAUAAAUGUCUCAAGAUGUAGCCAUUUCAUCAAGAACAGUAAUUUAAAACAUUGAAGCAGAUUCAAGCACUUUUAAUUGAAAAGGAAAGCCAGUUACAUUCAGUAAAAUGGCGGAGACAAAGUCAAUGAGAGUCCUGCCGAGUGGGAAAAUCUACAGGCAGAUGUUUGAAGCUCAGGUCCAGUUGAAUAGAAGUCUGACAAAGAUCCAGAGAGAUUCAACAUCCGGUACCAGGACAACCCAAACAUUGGCAAAUAUUCCUGUUGUCCAUCUUUCCAAAGAUGAAGUGGAACAUGGAAUCCUUGGUGAAAGACAGCGAACCUGGGCUGACGGCUUCCCUAAUGACCCAUAUGUUGAAAACCCUGUUGUUUACAAACAAUAUGCGGAUUAUGUUGGAACCAAAAUGAAGGAACCAGUCAGUUCGCUGGAAGGGAAGGAGGUCAGAGGUCUGCCUGAUGUUGUUGUUGCUGCCAAAGAGAAGUCGAACAUCAUUGAAAGGAUAGCUGCCAGCCGUAAAGAGCGACAUGAAUCCACUGUUGAGGAGAUGCAUCAGGAACUAGCACUUAUCAAUGCUGAGAUGGAGCCUAGAAUAUCGGAUGCAUGCUCUGACCUACUGAAGAGAUUGGAAGAAGACGAUGCCGAGAUUGCAGGGAAACUGGCAAGGAUUGAAAAGGAGGAGGAUCUUUUGAGCUACUCCCUGGAGAGUCUACAUAAUCUGUGGGACAACAUUCAAUCUCACUCUGAAGAAAGACAGUCAUGGCUAACCUCCCUUGAUGACUCUCUAAAGAAAGUGGAGAAGGAUAGAAUGGAAAUGAUCCGUAGGGUUUUCAAGGACUAUGCCAAGGCCUUAGAGAAGAUAGCUCAUAUUCUUUCAUCCGACCUACACAGGUUUAUGGACAAAGAGUCACAGCUUAUCAACCAGACUGUUCUAAGUAACAGGCGAGCAUAUGGCGACCUCUUUGUCCGUCUUAUGUCAACCGAUAUUGAGCGGGAAAAAUCACAGCACACAGCAUGGAAGAGACGAGUGGAUGACUGGAAAAUGCUGAAAACAGAACUGGCGGUCAAGAGAUUCAAGUCUUUCAUGGAAGAUGAGAGAGUGGUAUCGCCCCCUGGCGUAGAAAAACAACUACAGUACAUGCUGAAAGAACAGGAAGUCCUGAACCAGAAGAGAAUGGAUCUGGUGAACCAGCUCAGGGACCUGAUGCCGCCAUCUUCUACCAAGACAUCUGUCUAUCACUGGAACAAGGGUGUUCAAGACAUCUCACAGGAAAUAGAUUCGUCCAACCAGGCCCAUCUGUCAAGCCUACACAAGGAAUAUGAAGCUGUAUGCCAAAACUGCCUAGAGGAAAUUGAAAACAUCAAGCUUGAGCUAGUGGACACUGGUGUAUGUAACGAUAGUCGUGCAAAGACAGUUGUUGAACAGUUUAUGAUCCCACUAGUUGGAGACAGACAGAGGAUCUAUGAGCAGAAUUUGGAAACCAUGGAGAAAUCUCUGGAAGAACAGAACAAACAGACAACAGAAGACCUGAAGUCCUUGUUUAAGUUUGCCCAGGGUGCUGCGCAUGUGUGGGAUGUUCAUGAAAUAGGGCUUGCAAGACAAGAGAGGGCCCUUCAAGAAAAACUGGAGCAGUGUAGGCAACAACAUGACAAUCAAAAUCAGGAUAAGGAAGCGCAUCUUGAUAUCAUCAUGGACCGUAUGAGACAGGAUGCCACAGAGAAAGCCCUGAAAGACAGCCUGGCAAAGGCCCUUGAUAUGCUGGACAAAAUCAGACAUGCGUAUGAGGUGUUCCACAAAGACCAGACUGUCAUUGUGAAGAAAUACCCAGAAAUGGUGAAAUCCGAACUCAACAAUUAUGACGAGGCAUUGUGCAAACUGUUUGCAGUUGACAGGAACAAUCCGUUGGAAGUUCAAAGGGAGGAAACUCAGGAAAGUAUUGAACAGGAAGAUUCCAUUGAGGAAGAAGGGAAGGACAGCAAAAAGAGGAAAACUCCUGCGCCAAAACUGCUUCCGUUUCAAAGAAAAGACCCGGUCAAGGUCACACUCAGAGGUCACCUGGCUAUCACUCUGACAAGGCCAAAUUGGUAG